AUUUAUAAGAAUAAUGGCAAAGAAUGAAACUCACCCAGUGUAGACAUCAGCUAUGAAAAAGCUAGUGAGUAUUGUUCCAUUGCUAAUGUGUAUAGCUGAUUUCGUCUCAGGAUGUACGCAAUCUCCGACUACCGCGUCUGGAUUUAAGGCUCCCAAAGGUCGAAUAUGCUCUGGACAGCUAAUUUUCGAAGACUAUUUCCAUAAAUUGGAUAGGACCGUUUGGCAGCAUGAAAACUCUCUUGGUGGUGGAGGUAACAACGAAUUCCAAUGGUACUCCGGUUCAGAACGUAAUUCAUACGUAAAAAAUAAUCAUAUGUACAUUCGUCCAACGUUGACAUCGGCUGAAUAUGGUGAAGCUUUUCUUGAAAACGGCGUAAUUAACCUAAAUGAAGGCCCUCAAAGUCAACGAUGCACGGAUCCGCCUGGUUGGGCAGAACAGAUCUACGGAUGCUAUCGACGAGGUAGUCCAGAUCGCAUAUUGAACCCAGUCCGCAGUGCACGACUCCGCACGGUCAACUCGUUCGCCUUUAAGUAUGGAAAGCUUGAAAUCAACGCCAAACUACCUCAGGGAGAUUGGCUGUGGCCUGCGCUGUGGUUGCUCCCGAAAGGCGAUACCUACGGCGAUUGGCCCAAGUCCGGAGAAAUAGAUCUGAUGGAGUCACGAGGCAAUCGCAAUCUCAUGCUGGGUGAUCAAAACAUUGGAAUCAAGCAAGUGUCUUCGUGCUUGAAUUUUGGUGACAGUCGGAAUCUACGAAGUUCGCAGUGCGGCUCCAUCACAGGCGAGCGCUUCGGGUCGUCGUUCAACAGAUAUCAGCUGACGUGGACAAAGAAUGUGAUUCAGUUUGGAGUCAACGAUAAGAUUUUCCGUACCGUGACCCCUUACGAGGGCUUCUGGAAGCUUGGCGGAUUUAGUUUCAAUCCGUGGCCUAAUGGAACCAAGAUGGCACCGUUCGAUCGUGAGUUCUUCGUGCUUAUGAAUGUUGCAGUCGGUGGAGACUACUUUCCGGAUAAUGCAUGGAACCCACGUGCAAAACCUUGGAAGCAAGGGAAUCCAAGUGCGAUGACCGAUUUCUACAAAGCCAAAUCUGAUUGGUAUGGAACUUGGGGAGAUGAAGCGGCCCUCGAAGUUGAUUGGGUUAAAAUUUGGGCUAUUUAGUUUCGCAAUAAUAAACUUUAAAGCAUGUGAUGAUCCACUUUGGAUCUGAUCGCUAGUUACGUAACGCAAAAGUUGGAUUCAAAU